GACUCACGGGCUUUUAGGGAUAUAGAUAUUCGCAGUUCCUCUGGCGGAGUAAGCAAUUUGGUGUUUUAGGGUUUUAUGAAUAACUGAAGUAAUCGAUCGAUUGGAACCACAUGGCGGGUACAGGAAUCAAUCCUUACCAUCAGCAGUGGCCGCCGGCAGCAGCUCCUCCUCCGGCUCCGGCCGCUGUACCGGCUCCUCCCCCUGUUGUUCACCACCCUCCUCCCGUCCUCAUCGACAACACUCCUCGCCCCGCCCACGAUGAGGUUCGAACAAUAUUCAUUACGGGGCUUCCCGAUGAUGUGAAGGAGAGAGAGCUGCAGAAUUUGCUAAGGUGGUUACCAGGCUAUGAGGCUUCUCAAGUGAACUAUAAGGGGGAAAGACCCAUGGGUUUUGCUCUUUUCUCUACUGGCCAGUUUGCAGUUGCUGCCAAAGAUGCUUUGCAGGAAAUGGUUUUCGAUGCAGAAUCAAAGUCGGUGUUGCAUACAGAGAUGGCCAAGAAGAAUCUUUUUAUUAAAAGAGGAAUAGUAGCAGAUUCUAAUGCUUAUGAUCAAAGCAAGCGUUUGAGAACUGGUGGUGACUACAGUCACACAGGUUAUGCAACACCUCCUCCAUUUCACCCUCCAGCUCCUAUUUGGGGACCCCACGGGUACAUGGCUCCAGCACCUUAUGAUCCAUAUGGCGGAUAUCCUAUGCAUCCGGUUCCAAUGCCUGCUCCUCCAUCUAUUCCAUCGCCAAGCAGUUAUGUACCUGUUCAGAAUACAAAAGAUAACGCCCCUUGCAAUACCCUCUUUAUUGGCAAUCUUGGAGAGAAUAUAAAUGAGGAAGAACUGAGGGGUCUUUUCAGUGUACAGCCUGGUUUUAAACAAAUGAAGAUCUUGAGACAAGAAAGGCAUACUGUUUGCUUUAUUGAGUUUGAAGAUGUGAACAGUGCGACCAAUGUUCACCAUAGUUUGCAGGGUGCUGUUAUCCCCAGUUCUGGUUCUGUUGGCAUGCGGAUACAAUAUUCAAAGAACCCAUUUGGGAAGAGGAAGGAUGGCAACUACUCUGUCGCUUCUCCUGGCACCAAUGGAACUCCACCGGCAGCUAUGGCAUACCAGUAGCAUGAAGGGGAUGUACUCUGUUCUUUUUGCUCGAGAAACCACUGCAUGAUAUAGGAUGACAUCUUGCAGCUGUUGCAUGCAUCCAUUUCAUCAUCAACAUCAGCAUCUUCUUCAAAUUUCGAUGAAUUCAUGUAGUGCUAUCAUCAAAAUAGCAUUUGUCCAUGUUAUACUAAGCCGAGACAUGCAUUUCUUAAGCAGCAUUUGUUAAUACCUGGAUAACUUAGAUAUUUUCGCCAUAUGUUCUAUUGGAUUUGUGUGGUUUCCAUCUCAUAUUUGCAUCAAAAGACAUACCUUUCCAUUUCUCUAUUUAGUUCAACACAGCAUUGACACAGAGGUUACAGCAUCAUCGUUUCGUAAGUCUAGGAAAUAACACCAUUGAUCAUGUUUGCUGUUUUGUUU